GGGCCCGGCCACGGUCGAGCGCGCGCCGCGGGUGACGUCACAGCCCGGCUAUCGAGUGGAGGGCGGCUGCCGCUUCGCGUGCCGCGGAACUUGAGAGGCCUUCCCCGAGGGUCCUUGAGACGGUGGUUGUUGUGCAACCACGUAGAGACGGUGGUUGUUGUGCAACCACGUAGAGACGGUGGUUGUUGUGCAACCACUUAGGGACGGUGGUUGUUGUCCAACCACUUAGAGGCGGUGGUUGUUGUGCGCUCGCAAGCUUCUCGCCAAAGCGGUCGUCGGCGCGGCCAUGGGUGGGAUGCUGCUGGCGUUGGUGGUGGCGGCGGUGGUGGCGACGGCGAUUCACCCCGCCGUGGCGCUCAAGGAGGGCGAGUGCGACGUGUGCAUUACAUUCCUCGAGAAGUUCUACAACUCCUUAAAGGAAAGGAAUGCAGACUUCACUGUGGACAAUGUGGAAAAGGAACUGAUAAAAACCUGCAGUGAUGCCAAGGGCAAGGAAAACCGCCUUUGCUACUACCUGGGAGCCACGAGCGAUGCGGCCACCAAGAUCACCAACGAGGUGUCGAAACCGCUGAGUUUCCACGUGCCGGUCGCGAAGAUCUGCGAGAAGCUGAAGAAGCAGGACAGCCAAAUCUGCGAGCUCAAAUACGAGAAGCAGAUUGACCUCGGCACCGUUGAUCUCAAGAAGCUGAAGGUGAAAGAUCUGAAGAGAAUCCUUGACGACUGGGGAGAGGGGUGCAAGGGCUGCGCCGAGAAGUCUGAUUUCAUCCGCAAAAUCAACGAGCUCAUGCCCAAAUACGCCCCCAACAUCGCCAGGAACGACCUCUAGCAGCCCUCUACUCGAGACCUGGACUCGAACCUGGCCUCCUUGUGGGGGGAGGGCUGGGGGGAGGGGUGCUUCUUGCGACGCAAAUAGAACCCUCCCCACCACACUUCGCUCUGUCAUCGUGGCCGGCGCUCAACAUUGACUUGCACAUGUUAUUGCGGUGUUGACUCUUGGGCACUUUUCUCUGUAAAGGAAUGUGGACAUCCUUGUGGAAAUGAAUUUCUACACCGCAAAUCUGUUGCCGAGUUUGCCUGUGAAGUGAGAGGCUGUGUUUCGUUACACUGAUCGGGGUCUUUAUACCACAAGUAACGUUUUUUUUUCCACCCCAGAUUAAUCGCAAAAGGUAAUUUUUACUUUUAUUUGACAUUUUCUUUUAAAUCACGAUGUAUAGUGAUGUUUUUCACAAUACUGUAGGCCAUGGUGAUGUUAAUAGGAUUAGUUGGGCUGACCACUACCACUACCAAAUGCUGAUCCUGGGUUAAACUUUAGGUGCUGAUAAAGUUUAAACUGUUCUCCUGUUGUUUGAUCUCAGCCUGGGUUCCACAA